AUGGGAAAAACGCAAAUAUGGGAAAAACGCAAAUAUGGGAAAAACGCAAAUAUGGGAAUAACGCAAAUAUGGGAGAAACACAAAUAUGGCAGAAUGGCAAAUAUGGCAAAUAUGGCAAAUAUGGCAAAACGCGAAUAUGGGAAAAACGCGAAUAUGGGAAAAAGGCGAAUAUGGGAAAAACGCAAAUAUGGGAAAAACGCAAAUAUGGGAAAAACGCAAAUAUGGGAAAAACGUAAAUAUGCGAAAAACGCAAAUAUGGGAGAAACACAAAUAUGGCAGAAUGGCAAAUAUGGCAAAUAUGGCAAAUAUGGCAAAUAUGGCAAAUAUGGCAAAACGCGAAUAUGGGAAAAACGCGAAUAUGGGAAAAACGCGAAUAUGGGAAAAACGCGAAUAUGGGAAAAACGCGAAUAUGGGAAAAACGCGAAUAUGGGAAAAACGCGAAUAUGGGAAAAACGCGAAUAUGGGAAAAUCGCUAAUAUGGGAAAAUCGCUAAUAUUGGAAACUAGCAAAUAUAGUAGAAGAUAA